ACCCCCCAGCGCCAGUGGUACAUACACUGCACACUGCCAGAGGUUCGCUCGCUCCUCCGUCUCCUCCCUCCUCCCACUACACCACACCACGCUCCCUACCUCGCCGUCGCCGGUCCUCGCCAUGGACGCCGCCGCGAUGGAGUCCCUCAUCCUGGAGCUGCACGCGGUGGAGGCCUACAAGUUCGGCGCCUUCGUGCUCAAGUCCGGCAUCACCUCCCCGAUCUACCUCGACCUGCGCGUGCUCGUCUCCCACCCGCGCCUCCUCUCCCGCGUCGCCGCGCUCCUCGGCUCCCUCCCCUCCACGCGCCCCUACGGCCUCCUCUGCGGCGUCCCCUACACGGCCCUCCCCUUCGCCUCCGUGCUCUCCGUCGCCCGCAGCAUCCCCAUGAUCCUCCGCCGCUACCACGAGACCGGCGCCGGCGCCCCUCCCGCCAUGCGCACCCAGGGCUCCUUCCGCGCCGGGGACACCGUGCUCAUCGUCGAGGACCUCGUCACCAGCGGCGCCUCCGUGCUCGAGACCGUCGCGCCGCUCCGGGACGAGGGGCUCGUCGUCGCCGACGCCGUCGUCGUCGUCGACCGCGAGCAGGGCGGGAGGGAGAACCUCGCGGCGAACGGGGUCACGCUGCACUCGCUCAUGACGCUCACCGAGGUGCUCGCCGUGCUCGUCAGCCACGGCAAGGUCACCCGGGAGAAGGCCGCAGAGGUGAAGCGCUUCCUGGAUGCCAACAGGAAGGUCUUGGUGCCGGCGGAGCCCAAGGUGGUGCCGGCCAGGACGGCGUUCGCCGAGAGGGCGAGGCUGGCCAAGAACCCGGUGGGGAGGAAGCUGCUCGAGGUCAUGGAGGCAAAGCAGAGCAACCUCUGCGUCGCCGCCGAUGUUACAACAGCAAAGGAACUCCUUGAGCUAGCCAACAAGGUUGGUCCAGAGAUUUGCAUGCUGAAAACCCAUGUGGAUAUCUUGUCUGAUUUUACACCAGAUUUUGGUGCCAAGCUCCGUUCGAUUGCUGAAGAGCACAACUUUUUGAUCCUUGAAGACCGCAAAUUCGCUGACAUGGGGAACACGGUAACUAUGCAAUAUGAAGGAGGAAUAUUCCGCAUAUCAGACUGGGCCGAUAUUGUCACAGCGCAUGUAGUCCCUGGACCUGGAAUCAUAGAUGGCUUGAAGCUGAAGGGUUUGCCAAAGGGAAAAGGGUUACUCUUGGUUGCUGAGAUGAGCGCACCGAGCAACCUUGCUCAUGGAGAUUACACCACGGCAGCCGUGAAGUUUGCCGAGCAACAUUCUGAUUUCGUUAUCGGAUUCUUGUCGGUAAACCCUGCAUCCUGGCCAGCUCCAGCGCCGAGCCCAGCGUUCGUCCACGUUGUCGAUACCGGAGUUGAUGUUGUCGCUGGAGGAGAUUCUCCUGGUCAGCAGUAUGAAACCCCUCAUUUGGUCGUAAACGAGCGAGGCGGCGACGUGAUCGUGGUCGGGCGCGCGAUCAUAGAGGUGAGCGAUCCUGCCGGUGCCGCGAGGGAGUACCGCGCCCGAGGGUGGCAGGCCUACCAGACCAGCUUAUCGUCAAGCUAAGCUCCAUCGAAUCCAUCUCCUCGCGGUGCUAGUAAACCCAUGUAAGAAGUAGGGAUUUCAGGCAGGCGAUGGAUGUAACAAUAAGGAGCGGGGGAUAUAGUACCACGUGCGUACCAAUGAACUUCGUAUCAGAAAAAUCUAAGAAUAAAGCAGAGUGAUCCGAAGUUGCCGAUUAGCACAUA